AUGGACAUGUUUGUAAGUAAGCUUGUUUUUGGUGCUAUUUUUGCAGCUAUGGUGCAUUACAUAGGUGCUCAAAAUGUGUACAUUGUUGGAGAUGGCUUAGGUUGGGAUAUACCCCAAAAUAGCUCAGUCUCAUAUGCCAAUUGGGCUUCGGGCAAAACCUUCAUGGUUGGCGACAUCCUAGUGUUUAACUUCGUGACCAACCAACACGAUGUCCUUCGAGUACCAAAGUCUUCCUAUGAUGCAUGUAGCGACGACAAUGCCAUAGGCAGUACCAUCACAACUGGACCAGCAAACGUAACUCUUGACUCAGCAGGCGAGCACUACUACAUUUGCACCAUCGGCAGCCACUGCCAAGCGGGGCAGAAGCUUGCUAUAACAGUCUCAGCCACGCCAGGGGCCAAUCCGCCAACUUCCACCCCACCAACCACCCCUACAACCCCUUCUCCCACCUCAAGUCAGCCCGAUGCAUGUGCACCUACUCCGUCAUCAACUCCCAAUGCCGGUGGGCCUACGGCUUUGGCAAAACCACCUUCUGCUGGCAUCCCUCCUCCUGCACCUGGUUCUUCCUCAACGCAUGUGUUUGCAAGUUUCUUACCAGUUCUGCUGUCCAUUGGAGCUGCGUUGGUUAUUUAA